GCAAGCUCGGGGACACCGCACCCGCCUAGGAGCAUCUGGACUUCGGCCAACCGAGGUUUUCGAGUCGAGUACCCGUCGAGCCCGUGUGUCCAGCGCCCCGCCGCUGCAGCCCCAAACUUUGGCCAUCGCCGCCCAGGCUCGGUGCCAGGAACAAGUCAGGAAUUUGAAAGAUGAAUUAUACCGAGUCCAGCCCACUGGUAGAAUCAGCAGCAGCAGGUUUUACACCUCAGUUGUUAAGUAUCACACCUGUGCCUUCCAACGAGACCACUUGUGAAAACUGGAGAGAAGUCCAUCAUCUAGUUUUUCAUGUAGCAAAUAUUUUUUUUGCAAUUGGGUUGGUAAUUCCAACUACUCUUCACCUUCAUAUGAUCCUUCUUAGGGGCUUGUUAUCUAUAGGAUGUGUUCUUUAUAUCAUCUGGGCCACUCUCUACCGAUGUGCCUUGGAUAUCAUGAUCUGGAACUCUGUGUUCUUGGGUGUCAACAUUUUGCAUCUUUCAUAUCUUGUGUACAAGAAAAGACCGGUAAAGAUCGAAAAGGAGCUCAGUGGCAUCUACCGGCGAUUGUUUGAACCACUGCGUGUGCCUCCAGAUUUGUUCAGAAGAUUAACGGGCCAGUUUUGCAUGAUCCAAACCUUGAAAAAGGGCCAGACUUACGCUAUAGAGGAUAAAACCUCAGUUGACGACCGCCUGAGUAUUCUCCUGAAGGGAAAAAUGAAGGUCUCCUAUCGAGGACAUUUUCUGCAUAACAUUUACCCCUGUGCCUUUAUAGAUUCUCCUGAAUUUAGAUCAACUCAGAUGCACAAAGGUGAAAAAUUCCAGGUCACCAUUAUCGCAGAUGAUAACUGCAGGUUUUUAUGCUGGUCAAGAGAAAGAUUAACUUACUUUCUGGAAUCAGAACCUUUCCUGUAUGAAAUAUUUAGGUAUCUUAUAGGAAAAGAUAUUACAACUAAGCUCUACUCUCUGAAUGAUCCCACCUUAAAUGAUAAAAAGACCAAAAAGUUGGAACCUCAGCUCAGCCUCUGCACGCAGAUCUCCAUGCUGGAAAUGAGGAACAGUAUAGCGAGCUCCAGUGACAGCGAAGACGGCUUGCAUCAGUUUCUUCGGGGCUCCUCCAGUGUGUCCUCCCUUCAUAUGUCAUCUCCGCACCAACGAGCCUCUGCCAAGAUGAAACCAAUAGAAGAAGGGGUAGAAGAUGAUGAUGAGGUUUUUGAACCCAUGUCUUCGAAUACAAUUAAAGUCCAUCAGUUGCCUUGACAAGAGAGAAGAGUCAGUUUACCAAGAUGGAAAUUGUCUUGAAGAGAUCAUGAAAAAUACCAGCACUUUCCCAUAGCUUUUAGUUUAUUCUGUUGUAGUAGGUCCAGAAUGGUGGGGUCUAAGGGCAGAUAAGUGAGGCAGUCUCAAAAAUGGGAAGAUUAUUUUAGCUCUUUUUUUUUCCUGGUCAGGUUUUUAAGUUUCACUGAGCCUUCUCAUUAAACCUAGUUCUAUUUUGAGAUAUAUAUUUUUUCACA